AUUCAAGUGCUGAACAUAAGUGACAAGGUGUAAAAAAAUGUUCCCUGCAAGUAGCAAUUUUGAUUGUCAAAUCUUACAGAACUCGUUCAACUGAGUAUUCAGAUUAGACAAGAUGGCGACUGAGUCCCCGAGCUCUGCUCGAAAAGUUGUUGUUCACUUUAGAGCCACUGGCGGUGCUCCAAUACUUAAGCAGGCCAAGUUCAAGAUCUCAGGAGCUGACAAGUUUGCAAAAGUAAUUGAUUUCCUAUGCCGACAUCUUGGCCGAGAGACCUUGUUUGUGUAUGUUAACAGUGCAUUCUCACCAAACCCAGAUGAGCUAGUAAUUGAUCUGUAUAAUAAUUUUGGUUUUGAUGGUAAGUUGAUUGUCAAUUAUGCCUGCUCCAUGGCAUGGGGCUAAUUCUGUGAUGGGUCUGACUGAUAAAAACUGUUCAUAUCUUCUGUGGCAGACUCAGAAAUUUUCACUUUCAUGCAAGCAAUCCAACAUCAUUUGCUGGUAAGCUGAAGAUUCCAACUGGGAAGACAGAUUGAAAGCUGAAAGUCACAGUCCUUUGUUUUUUAUAUUUUUUUAUUUUUAACAUAAUUUUUUGCACAAAAAAAAAUUGCAGGAGACCUAUUCAUUUUGAUGUAAAGCUGAAAUACUAUUGUGAUGCAUAAAGUGGUCAAUAUUUCUUUUCGCAAUUUGUCUGUCGGUGCACGGCAUCUUUUAGAAGCUUGGCCUAAUGCACUUUACCCAUUUAACAUUAAGUCUAUAUGGGCAUUGACUUAGAAUGUUUUUUUAUGUAGUAAAUUUGUAAAUUUUGAUGAUAUUGCAAAAUUGCCAAUGAUUAAUUAGUAGAAGUUCAGCGGCACA